AUGCAUUUCUCCAACGUUUGUCGUUUCCAAACAGUAAUGGCGUCGCACGAAGAAGAGGAUACAGGCGCUUCCAAAUCUUUUACUUCAGAGGAGCAAGGAGAGAAAAAAACGGCCGCGGUAUCGUUCGGUUUUACUAAAACAGUCAGUAAAUUUAAACCUGUCGACGCUGUGAGCAAGAAAGAUGACAGAGAUUACUUGACCGGAAUCGACAGGAAUGAAUUGAAGAGCACAAAACCAUCUGAAAAGCCCAAAGAGCUCAUCAUCCCCCUGAUCCAGAACAACCGCUGGCAGAAACCGGGCCGAGCGGACCAGAGCGAGGCGAAAGGAGGCAAAACACAGGAAACAACCCAGGAGAGCGACUCCGUGGAGUCUCAGGCUGUCAAAGAACUCAUUGAAGAUUCACGGAGGCAGCUUGAUCAGUGGCAGAAUGGCACUCAGGCUGAAAAGAACCUGAACCUCAGCAUCCCCCUGUUGAUGCAAAACAAAGUGCCAGAUGGAUUUGAGGAUGGAGACACCAUAAAAGUGGACUUGCGGCCCGAGUCUGCGACUGAGGCAGAUUAUGAAAGCGUUCCUGUUGAAGCUUAUGGACUCGCCAUGCUGAAGGGGAUGGGCUGGAACAAAGAGGAAGGCAUAGGACGCACCUUUAAACAACAUGUAAAGCCAAUCGAACACCAGCUCCGUCCAAAAGGUUUGGGCCUCGGAGCAGAUCGCUCAGCGAUAAAGGACCUGGAGCCCAACAAGCAUCGCCGCCCGCCCAAGCCAGGCGAGGAACGAGAGAAGGAGGAGGAGCUAGUGAUGGGCCCUGGAGGCUGUGUGCUGGUGGAGUCAGGAGCACAUAAAGAACUCUAUGGCAAGAUUGAAGGCGUUGAUCCAGACAACGCUCGAGUUAUGGUAAAGCUGGCUAUUGGCGGCAAGACUGUGACAAUCAGCCAGUAUGGUAUUAAACUGGUUGGGCGCAAGGAAUACGACAAAUACAGCAAAGACCUUAGUCGCUUGAGCAAAGCACACAAAGACAAGGAGAAAGAAAAGGAGAAGGAGAAAGAGCGAGACAAGGAGCGACAGAGACGGGAGGAGAAAGAGAGGAGCAGUGAUAAACACAAGUCUUCAGAGAGAGACGAGAGGAAGAGGAAACACAGAGAAUCAAGUCAAGACAGAGAGAAGCCUCCAGAGAAGGAGGCAAGGAGACCAGCGGCUCCCCCCUCCUGGCUCCAGAGAGACUUGAAAGUUCGCUUUAUAGACAAAGCUUUCAAAGGGGGCAGGUACUACAAUUCAAAGAUGCGUGUGGAGGACGUCCUGACACCGACUACCUGCGUGUGUCGAACUGAAGAGGGAAGACUGUUAGAGGAUGUGAAGCAGAACAUGCUAGAAACUAUUGUCCCAAAAAGUGAAUAUGACUCAAUAAUGGUUGUACUGGGAGAGCACAGGGGACAGGUGGGCCGUAUUCUCCAGCGGGACAAGAACAAGUGCAGAGCGAUGGUCCAGCUCGACAGGUUCGAGGAGAAAAUCUUCACACUAGACUAUGACCUGAUUUGUCAUUAUGUCGGAGCGACCGACCACUGAUGGAUCUCUGAUGUUUACUCCAGUAUUUCCUGUCCUUUUUACCCCAUCUGACCCCAAAUGUUAUUUUUUUGUAACAUCCAAAAAUAAUGGAUUUCUUAAGAUUUUAAAGAAUUGCAAUGUUUUUAAUAAAAAUCUUGUUGAGAAUUUAA